AUGCCAGGAUUGCAUCCAUAUCAAUGUGUCUGUAAUUAUUAACUUUAUUAAUAGCUUAUGCUUUGAUUUGUAAAGGUGUUACAGAAGUAUUAGUAAAAAUUGAAGUAAAUGGAACUUAACAUCAAUGUCAUCCCAGAUUUUAACUAUGGGGAGCAGGGUCUCCAACUCGAGACGAAUAUAUUGUUCAUUGUGGAUUUUAAUAAGGCGUUUCGCUUGUAAUGGAGUAGCUACCAGACCAAAAUUAUAAGUAUUAUUGUUAAUGUAAGUAUAAAUUACUAUUACUUUAGAUUUUGCAGAUGGUUCACAUAAUAAGUGUUUGAUAACCGCCUAUAAGUAAGGUUUAUUUCGAUGCUAGAUUUGUAAACGUCCAUUUAUGGGAUAUGGUUUCGGUUGUGAUUAAAUUGAAUGGAAAUACGAUGAAAGAUUUAUAAGUCCCAAUGAAAUACGUAUUACAAUAUAUUUAUUAAAGGUUGUAAUGGAAAUUUUUUGA